AUAGCCCAUUAUAUUAACGCUACUAACGUGCGCAAGGGUUGACUGUGUCAACUUAGGGUUAGGCAACCCGCCCAGGUGGGCUCGGUUUCUAGGUCUCCUUGACUUCUUCAUACUAUGCCUUCGUUGUCAGCAAGUACCACGAUAACACCUGUUCCUGAGAUCUCUCAAGGCAAGCUUAUACCGCCUGCCACAUUUUGACAUCCGCGGCACGUUCGGCACGAUCCUGAGAUCCACUUCGGCCAAUCCAUAAAUCCCUGCCACUCCCUCACAAGCCCCGGGAACCGAUGCAUCGAGCGCUACUCUGCCGAGACAUCGUGGCUGAAAUCGUCAGGAAUCUCUAUACCCAUUGGAAAGAGGAUGAAUACGUAUUCCUGGAUCUCUACAACUGCGCACAAGUCAAUAAAUUAUUCUUCAGCGAGACGAUUUGCGUGCUUUGGCAAGGUUGCGGAAAUCAUACGCCUGGUGUCCGGCACCUUGCCCAAAUAGCCCGACAAGAUCUAGCAAGCGCGCAAAUCUACGCAAAUCAACUCACGUACCUCCAUUUCGGAUUCUUUGAAGAUGGAGGCAAAGAAGGGAACUACGGCCCGAUCACAUUCGACACAGCGUACUUGGAUGUGCUCUCAUCAUUAAAAUAUCCGCACCUAGAAUCAAUCACGAUAUAUGGAACCGGCGAGGACAUCGAAGAUCGCCAGCUAGAAUGCUAUCUCCAGUCCAGAUUGGAGAGCUUCACGCUCGAGGGAGAAUUUGCUGGUCAUCUCAAAACCUUGCUCGAAACAGUGACGCAGCGGUGUCCUGAUAUCAAGAACGUCAACAUUGAAUGCAAGGGCUCACUCACUGUGCAUGUGGGCAACUUCCUGGAAAUACAUCCGCAGCUCAAUGGCUUUUCACUUCCACCUGCGCAGUUAGUGUGGUCUCAGGAAGAUUUCGAACCGAUCUGCCAGAUGACAGCUCUAAGACAAUUGUGCAUUCCCUGCAUCGAGGCAUCCUGGUUGGACGGGACUGGCGCUGGAUGGUCGGAGCUGGACCAGCUUCGGACUACAUUGUCUAGUGAAGCACUUGGGCGGCUGACGGAGCUGGCGCCUGGACUGGGCAUAGUGGAGCUAAAGCUGGAAAUGAGAGGCAGUCCGUCUCCUUCAGAUGCUUUCAUAAACCUAUCUCAGCUUACUGAGCUGAGGUCGCUGGAAGUGCAUUUGAUGCGCACCGAUGCAUCAAGGGGUCCCUGCAUAAUCGCUCAGGACCUUGUCAACCUGGCGCGCAAUUGUCCCGCACUGUUCAAGUUCCAUAUAUCAAGCGAGAGAGGCCAUCCAGCUGUACACGGCCUGAAUGAUUCACUGUUCGGCGAUUUGACGAGUACUUUACCUGAAGUCUCGGAUUUCUGCUUGGACAUUGACGACGCGUCGGCGCUUACAUUCAAAGCAGUAGUCUCUCUUGGACAGCAUUGCCAAAAGCUUUGGCAAGCGAAGCUAUCAUGCAACGUCGAUUGGAUGUAUGAUCUGGAAGCAGAACUUUCCAGUGGCGUUCAAUUCACGUUUUCAGAGCUGAAUCUGGUUAUGUGUGGUGAGCGCUUUCCGCUGGAGCGUUGGACUGAUGCGAAUCGCGAAAGAUUGUCUCGGUUCGCGGAGAAAUUUGCUAGUUUGGCUCCAGAGUGUUCUUCGAUUGAAAUUCUGGGCGGGAACGAUGCGGAUGAUUAUGUGAAGAAUGUUUUAGAUGAGUGCAUUGAUAAGAGGGAAGCAUAAGUGUUUCCAUGAUCUGUUGAGUAACAGAAUGGGGAUCAGUGUUCCUUAGAACAUGAUUGAUUGCCGUCGAUACUGUCAUUUUCUUACAAGUUGAAAUUAAAGCCUUUGACU